CCCAAUUGCGUGUGAAACCGUUUAGCGACCUUGAAACGAAAAGAAGUGCAAGCAAAAGUGCAGUGAGCAAACAGGCAAAAAGAACAAACAAUCAACGACAUUUUUUUUUUUGCUUUUGCAAACCAGAGCAAAAGAAAGAAAGCAACACUACGAAACGAAACAGUGAGAAAAUAGAACGACAAAAUAGUGCAAAAACGAGCAACCGACACCGAACCGCAAUGAACAGCAAGCAAAGCAACAAGCAAACGAUGCUGCCGGGAUCGUCCCUGGUGCUGCUGGUGGCGCUGGCUGGGCUGGUGAUGGUGCUGCUGCCCGUCGGCACGGUGCCGGCCGUCCACGCCCAGCAGUCGGACCGGGCGGGCGCACUGAUCGAACCGAACGACGCCCUGUACGAUGCCCGGUACGCGCGGAUCGCGAAGGAGAAGCGCGAAUCGUCCCGCCGCCCGACGUCGGCCGCCGAGGACCAUGAGUCGGAAGAGUUCUACGGGCUUCCGAUCGAAUACGCGCUGCAGCUAUCGGAGCUGAACACGUCCGCAGACAUCCUACCGCUGCUAGAUCCGGACUCCGUCGACAGCCGCAUCUUCAUGGACGGUGGGGAGUACAGUGGACGGGACAUUGGAAUGGAGCCGGUGGCGGCAUCGUGCGAGCCGGACUCCGAGCUGGUCAGCCUGCGGCCGGAGAAUCUGACCAGCUCCCGCUACUACUACUACCCGAGCUGUACGCGCGUGAAGCGGUGCAGCGGCUGCUGCAACACCAAGCAGCUCGUCUGCGAGCCCACCGCCAACCGCACCAUCCUUUACAAGGUCACCAUACUGGAGUACCGGCCGAACAAGAAGGAUCGCUUUUCGCACCGCGAGCUGGUGCCGAUCGAGGAGCACGUCCGGUGCAAGUGCCAGUGCCGGGUGAAGGCGUGGCACUGCAACGAGCGUCAGCAGUACAACGCGAACAACUGCCGCUGCGAGUGCACCAACCGGGCGGACCGGGACGAGUGUGCCCUGGAAAGCGACAGGAAGCAGUGGAACCCGUCCACCUGCACCUGCGACUGUCUGCCGCGGAACGAGGACUGCACCAGCGGCUCGCACUACGACCGCAACGCGUGCAAGUGUGUCCCGAACAAGCCCUGGCCGGGGCGGACGUGGAACCAAUCGCUGGACGACCGGCGGCGCCUCAUCGUGAAACCGAUCCCGGUAGUAACCGAUCCGUGAGCGGAGCUGCUGCCAUCAGCGGGCCCUGCCCCUUCCCUGGCGUCCACAAUCAUCAUCACAGCAACGAAGAAGCAGACGGUCUAACCAAGCAUAACGGACCACCGGAAGGACGCGCGCGAAAUUUGGGCUGGCACACUCGCGGAAUGUUAUUAAGUUAUUUGUUCGCUCGUAAAGCGCAGGGGAAACACAUCGCAGGGACACAGGAUAGGGCGACCUACCGGCAGGACAGUCAGCGUAAACUUUGUAGUAAGCCGCACAGAUAGAACUGUUUUUUUUUUUUUUUGUAAAGUAGGUUUUUUAGCUCAGCUCAAGAUAGCGGAAAAUGAGCGCUGGUGCGAAAUGUGCUAACAUGGUGGAGAAGUAGGCGUAACAGGUAGGCGGCAAAUUGUUUGUAGUCUAUUUUGGCAACAUUUUUCAAUUCAAUUCAAUAGUGACACACUAAUUAGAUCAAUCUUUCAACUCUUCGAUAAAAUUUUUGUAGUACAGUUUGUUCUUUGUCCCCAAAAAGGCCUCAGUUUCGCCUCCUCAUUAGAUGAAAACUUCUUCCCAGCUUUCUCGAUCUGUUUCACUUUACGGUUGUUAUUAAUUAUUUGGUGGAUUUUUUGUAAUGUUUUCAUCGGCAAACAACUCGUUUUGGGCGUCCUCAGUGCUCACAUCACCAUCCGUUUAUACAUAGUAUGCCAAUGCUUGAAGGUAGAUUUUGGUGUGUCUGAAAACUCUUCAUAAAGACUUUUUUUUUGCUACAAUUGGAUAUUUCCCUUCAAAUACAAAUGGUGUUAAAGAUGGUACAAACUGCAAAUAAUAUGGGUUAGAUUCUUCCAGUGGUAUCUAUGUGUUAGGCAACACAAACUUCAGCCAACCUGUUAGGACAAAUUAAACGAGAUGAAAAAUAAUGAUAGAAGAACUUCCAUUUACAGUCAGGAACAGAAUCAAACCACGCAUUAGCGCUUAUUUUCCAAAAAAAAAGCCAUCUUGAGAUAGAGAGAGAGAUAGAGAGAGAGAGAGAGAGACAAUCGAGAGAAACAAAGCAAACUAUAUAGUUAUAGGAAGAGACUACACACGAAAGCUAGACGACGAAAAUCGGCAUACCAUGCAGAUUGCAUUUUUUAUUUUUUGUUUUGUCGUAUCUAGCUCAUCAAAGUAGGAGGCAAUAUUGUAAAGUCUCAUAUAAAAAGAAAAAUCACGAAUGUACAACGUAAACAC